GGCGGGACCCAGUUUGGCUUAGCUCUUCCGCUCUAUUCUGCUUCCUGAGGGAGUGGCUGGGCAUCUAGAACUGUAACGGGUGGGACUCUCCUGGCCGCCUCCCCACCCGCCCACAACUGGCUUGAUUUAAUGUAGCGGAAACUGCUUUUGCUGAAAAGACUGAAGAAAAUGGAAAAGAAAAUUACUCCCAUUAAGAAGAAAUUGCCUCCAAUGAAACAACCAAAACCUAUAGACCAUCCUCCCUGUGUAAAUCCAGGCAAUCCUGUAUUUUCCUGUAUGUUGGAUCCAUCUGCCCUCCAGACAUCUAAUACAUUGUCAAAACCUCAUAUGAUCAUGUAUAAAACAACUUCAGAAAACUAUGGUGAAAUAACACCUGCAGCACCAUUUCUUCCCUGCAGCUAUUUUCCAAAGAAUGGCACAUUUACAAGUCACCUUAGACUAACUGGAAUGUUUCAGAAUCAUUAUCUGAACACUGCCCUGGACAGUGGCAGAGUCAUUGACUUUCCAAAUUUUCAGCACACCCUAUGAAAAUAGAAUAUUUAAGUUUUGGGAAAAUGUGCAUUUUAAAUUAGGGCUAAAAGUCGUUCAUGUAACAAGGUUGAAGAUACUUUAAACGAAUAUAAUAUGCCAGGUCUUCUUACCCAAAUGACAGAUCUUUGUUUCCCAUACUACCCCUAUGGAAAUUUGUAAGAAGCAAUUACCUCUUAAAGAUAAAGUAAACAAAUAAAAUAAAAGAAAUGAG